GCUGAUUUUAGCACUAAAUCCACCAAAGGAAAAGAACAUUUUGAAGUGAACCCCUGCAGGUACACUGAGGGAAACUUGGACUGAUAAAGCUGUGAAAUCUAAGACUAAGGUGGGAAUAUCAUGUGUGUGUCUCGACUGGCUUUGCUCUUGGGGCUGCUUCUCUGUGUGGGGGCUCAGCUGUCCUUUGCCCAGCACUGGUCCCAUGGUUGGUAUCCUGGAGGAAAAAGGGAGCUGGACUCCUUUGGCACAUCAGAGAUUUCAGAGGAGAUUAAGCUGUGUGAAGCAGGGGAAUGCAGCUACCUGAGACCCCAGAGGAGGAGUAUCCUGAGAAACAUUCUUCUGGAUGCCUUAGCCAGAGAGCUUCAGAAGAGAAAGUGACAUCUUUCCAGAGACGGCUUUUCUAUAGUAACCCACUUCCUUUGUAUUUCUGCCUUGACGUGAUUUUGUGAUCAUCUGGCCUUGCUGUUUGUAAUGUUUGUCAGUAAAUUUGUCUUGUUUUUUUCGAUGUGAAAAUGAUG